UCUUCGUUCUCUUGCUCUCAUCUCCAUCGCUUCUAAAGUCUCUUCUCAAUAUCCAUCGUAGCAGAGCAUUCCGAUCAUCGCCGGAGAUGUCAGGGCGCGGCAAAGGCGGCAAAGGGCUAGGCAAGGGUGGAGCGAAGCGGCACCGUAAGGUACUCCGUGAUAACAUCCAGGGCAUCACUAAGCCAGCCAUCCGCCGUCUCGCUCGCCGUGGCGGUGUGAAGAGGAUCAGCGGGCUAAUCUACGAGGAAACCCGCGGCGUGCUGAAGAUCUUUCUGGAAAACGUGAUCCGUGACGCCGUUACCUACACCGAGCAUGCCCGCCGGAAGACGGUGACGGCGAUGGACGUCGUCUAUGCUCUCAAGCGCCAGGGCCGCACUCUCUACGGCUUCGGUGGUUAGGGCAAUCCUAAUCAUGGAAUUAGAGAAGAAAAGGUCGUGUUUUUAGGGAUUGAAAACCCUAAUUUGUAGAUCUCGAUGUUGCUCUAUUUUGUUAAUAGUUUGAAUGAAGCGCCAUUUUAUUUUAA